GACCCUUGAUAAAAAUGACAGGAACAAUAAGCAAAAACAUAUGAUGGGUACAGGCUUUGUACACGGACAAAGUAAUGGGUUUCAGCAUGGCAACGUUGGUGGGUAUGCAGACAAUACAAAUGGUGGAAAUGUGGAGGACAAUACAAAGGGCAGAUAUAUAGAUGAUAACGGUGACGAACCCAAGCGUAAUAACUGGUUUGCAGGCGGACAUAAUAACGAUCAGUUAAAUGGCCAUAAUUCUGACGGACAUGUAGGAGGAACUGGUAAAGAUGUAGUAUCCACAGUUUAUAACAACGAAAAUACUGAUGGUUACAAAGGCGAUGGAUAUCCAAGUGAUAGCAACGAAUUCCCAGCUGCCGGUUACACAAAUGGGGUCACUACAGUUGAAAAUGAAUUAUUUAAAGAGCGUGGUCCAAUUUCACACAGAAACGAUGAUAGUAUUGAUAGUAAAGAUAGCGAUGUGGACCUGUUGCCGACACGACAUUUAACCAGGUAUGGCCUCAGACCACAUUCUACCACCGGUCAGUCGAGAUUAAGUAAUGAAAGGUUUAUCACCUCGAGUAUUGCUGAAACCCGUACAGGGAAAAAAGGCCGCUUUGAGAAACCAAACUUUUUAACUAAGAAUGAUUAUUUGAGAGGUCGUCCUCUUCUGCGACCUAAUAGCCCAACUCAGAAAGACAAAGGCACGGGACAAUCAUGGAAUUUAAAUGCAGAUUUGGGACCGUCCAGGAACACUGGUAAAGAGACAGAAGAGAAACCAGGCGAUGCAUUCAACCCUAAUGAGAAUUUUCCUGGUGCCGCUAGACAUAACACAAUGGAUAGGAAUGAUGGCCUGGGAGACUUCCCUAUAGACCAUACGCCGCACUCUUUAACUGGACAAGCAAACACAAUAAAGCCAAAGCCUCAAAGCGCCGAAUCUCAGAACCAUGAUAAAAACCUUCAGAACGUCGGUGGCCUACAGGAAAAUGAAGAAGAAUUUAAAACCGGUACGCUCCAUGUUAUUGCGCCAGAAUUAGAAAGUAGCGCAAGAAGGAUAGGACCACAACCUGUACAACCCAGCCAAGGCUUUCAACAACGUGCUCAACCACCAUUUCAGAAUGAUCAUUUAUAUAAUAGACUGCCCCAUGAGUUACAACCAAAUGCUCCAGUAGACAGGAUUCAAAGUACUCCAAACCAACAGUUUCCAGAGCACAUAGUGCAACCAGUUAAACAAAACCGUUUUCCAGGCAAUAGAGAACGUGGUAACGCAGAACACUUUCCUGGCAGUACAGAGCAUGGUAAUAUGGAAUACUUUCCUAACAGAAGAGAUCAUGGUGAUAUGGAACUCUUUCCUAACAGUAGAAAUCAUGGUUAUAUGGAACACUUUCCUGACAGUACAGAGCAUGGUAGUAUGGAGCAUUUCCCUGACAGAAGAGAGCAUGGUAACCUAGAAGGCUUUACAGACGGUAAAGAACAUGGCAACCUAGAAGUCUUUCCUGACAGAGGACAUGCUAGUGUUGAUAUGAAAAGUAAUGCAGACAGACGUUCAGGUUACCUUUUACAAAAGGACCACGACCAACAUGGAAAUCAGGAUUUGCGUUCUGUGUCAGAUCCUUCAUUUGACAGUUCGUCAUAUAGGAAUUUGGGCCAACAACUAGCAUUACCCAGUUCACAACGCUUUGACAAUAGUGACAAAACUAGAAACAUAAAUGUCUUUGAUCGCAACCAGUACGAUUUCAAGAACAAGCCAGUGUCUUUACGCUCAGGAUCACGCAAACUUGUUUCGGGAGCUCCUCGGUCAGACAUCGAUGGCUUUGGUGCAGGAGAUUAUAACAAACAAGCCCCCACGACAGUCAAUCGUGUUCACCCAGACAAUUUUCAAAAUUUACAAAAAACACACACGUCUAGUGAGUUUGAUGGCGAAAUAGUUUCCCCCGAGCACAAAGGGCUUUAUGAUUUUCCAGAACGUGGACUUGUAGAGUCUCCUGCACAUAAUGGUGCUCUUAUGUUACCAGGAAACAAUUGGCCACCGGUAUUUCGUGAACAGAAUGGUCCUCGCAUUCCUCAAGAGUACAACCACCCUUCAUCGCUUCCCGGACACAAUGUCCUUCCGGACGUCCCAGAACAAAACGGGCUAACAGAGGAGAUAAGCCCUCCCUUCUUUCCAAAACUGGACAUUCCUAGUAAGCAGGAUGCGGACCCCCUUUCAGGGUUAUUCGACAUGGAUGGAGGGGACAGUAAACACCAAGAGAGUGCCGAUUUGCCUGAUCCAGAGGACAUCAAGGACGGUGUAGUCACAGCUACAAAGCUACAGGGAGAAAUUAAAGCACCACCAAUAAAUCACGGGAAGGUGAGGCCGACAACUCACUCAGACUUCGAUUGUUCUAAACGAUCUGAUGGUGUGAUUGAGAGUGGAUGCAGAGCUUUCUACAGAUGUGUCUCUGGAAAAACUUUUUUUGUGGAAUGCGACUACAACUACGUACUCAAUACAGAUAUUGGGGACUGUGAUAGGCGAGAGAAUGCCCCAGCUCCGUGUGGGGUAAAGCAAGACUGUAUGGAGAAGGAGAACGGAAAAUACGCCGAUGCUGAGCGAGACUGUACUUAUUACUACACGUGUCACGAGGGACAUUUCAUGGGAACAAAUAAGUGUAACCCAGGCUUGGUAUUCAACGAAGAUCGUCAAAUUUGUGAUUGGCCUGAUUCUGCGGCAGAGAGCUGUAAGGAAGCUUCGAAGUCUUACGUCGAAAGAUACGGGCGCUAGAAACCAGUAACGUUUGUAACAGUCACAGUGUUUCGUAGGCCACAACUAAUACAGGAAUUAAGAAAAUAAUGGUCUGGCUCUUAAAAACAGGCUCUUUAAAACGUAGUAAGUUGAG